AUGCCUUCUUGUGUCAAAUUUGAUACGUCUAGACGCUAUCUUUCUUCUGCUGUCCAACAGCUCAGUCGCCUUCAUGUUGGCACGAUAUCGUCAAGACUUCAAGGGCGCAUAAACCUGCUGUGUUUCGUAGUCCAGUUGAGCGGUCACAUCCAAUUUGAUUCUGACACAUAUCAACGCUUGGGUAUCACUGGCUGUAGAAGCUUGCGCCGGAAAUAG